AUGAAUCUCAGAGCAAUCCUGUUCUUAGCUCUUCCAAAAUGUUUUUUAAUUUCAAAGUGGUUUACAGGUGAAGAUCCUAUCACCAUCAGCAUUGAUCCUUCAGUUGUCUGUGUUGGUGAGCAAGUGACUCUGUCCUGCCAGUUGACACACAGUGUCCCCUCCAACACAUGCUUGCUUUGGUACAAAAAGGAAAAGGAAAGGGAUACUCCACUGUGCUUUUCCUCCAGCCUGGGUGGUGUGGUGGAGCAGUGCCAUGAUGAAGAAUGGUGCAGGAUUAAGGGGCGCUGGGAAAGAAGAUCACUUCUCCUGAUUAUUCAGCAAGUGCAAGUAGCUGAUGAGGGGGAAUAUGUUUGUGUGGUGAGUGGCAGUGCUGGCUCACAGGAGGCUGUUACUCACCUUGAUGUUACAGCACUCGGAAAUAAGCCAACUUUGGAAAGGGAUCAGCAGGAGGAGGGCAUGUGUCGCUACACAUGUAAGUCAAAAGGAUGGAACCCAAAACCUGAAGUCCUUUGGACAAAAUAUGGAGGAGGCAAUAAAAAUGUGGAGGCCAAGACCUAUGUAACCUGGAAUAAGAGAGACCUUUUUGCAUUGCAAAGCAUCAUGACAGUGCCUUGUGAUGAUGUAGAUGUCCAAUGUGUAGUCACACUAGUCAAAGAAAAGAUAAGCCGAACUGGUUCCCUGAAUGGAAUGAUUCUGCAAAAGCCGAACACUUGUAUGUACGAGAGCCGAAUAAGAGGUUCCUUUGUAAAGCCCAAAGCCACGUGGGUUAAUCCCCAAGGAGAAGAUCUAUCUUCACUGGCCCAGACAAGCAUUCUACAGGAGAAGGACAGUGUUUUUGCAACAGAAAGUUCCACUGAGAUACCCUGUGGAGAACCAUCUCCUUCUUUCUUGACCACUAAUGUGGAAUCCAGUCUACCCUUUGCUCAACAGUCAGAAAACUGUGACUGGUUCUGGGUUCUUUACCUCUUUUGCCUCCUCCUCCUUAUUUUAAUAGCAUUUGUACUACAGAUUUUCAAGUAUAUCAUCUGGCACCCAUUCAUUGAUACAAAGGAGCUGCAGGUGCAAGGCAGGGAGCAGGGGGAUGUGGAGAAGGGUGAGUAUGUGCAGAGACCUGACCCCAUGCCUCCGUGCAUGGAAAAGCCAUGGCUGGACUUCCUGGAGAAGGAGAACGGAAAUACUGUGGAGGUCAACAUCACGAGUGCCCUAGAAUCCAUGCGGGCAGAGGUGGAAAGGGUCCUAAGUGAGAAGCUGGCUGUGUUGCAGAGCCAACUGGAAGUCUCACAGCAUGCAACCCAACGUCUGGAGGAAGUGACCAACACCCAGACUUCCCUCCAGGCAAUCUCUGAAAACCUGCUGGAGAUCGACAAUAAACUAGGAAGGACCGUGGACAGAAACACUACGAGGGCCAUAGAAUCCAUGCGGCAAGAGGUGGAGAGGAUUCUGAGUGAGAAGCUGUCUGCGUUGCAGAGCCAACUGGGAGUCUCACAGCAUGCAGCCCCACCUCUGGAGGAACUGGCCAACACCCAGACUUCCCUCCAGGCAAUUUCUGAAAAAAUGCAAUCUCUGAUGACAUUUUUACAGAACGUGGAGACAUCUAGAAAGCAAGACCUUGAGAUCCUCAGAGCAGAGAUACAGGGCAGAAGAAGCAAUGAUUUGGAGGCAGCAAAGAGGUCCUGGUCCGAGGAGAACCAGAUGGAGAUCGACAAGAAACAAGAGGAGCUGCAGGCGCAAGGCAGAGCGCAGGGGGAUGCGGAGAAGGAGUCCCUGAAGAAGGAGAAUGAACUGCUGUAUGCACAACGGUACAAAGUUGAUGUCACCCUUGAUGCUGACACGGCUCACCCGAGGCUGCAAGUGUCAGAAGAUGGGAAGAGUGUGACUGACACUGGUGCAAUCAGAAGGGUGCCCAGCAAGGAGGAGAGAUUUGAUUCCCAUGCUUUUCUGUUGGCAAAGGAAGCUUAUGCAUCUGGGAGACUCUACUGGGAAGUGGAUGUUGGAAAGAGGAGAAACUGGAUCUUGGGUGUUGCCCAGGAGACUGUGACACGCAAAGGAAAAGUGGUUCUGUCUCCUCAGAAUGGCUUCUGGGUCAUAGGGUUGGCAGAUGAGCAAGAUUAUUGGGCUUACACGGAUCCUUGGACCCGUUUGACUGUGAGUGGUAGACCACAAAAGAUUGGGAUCUUCCUGGACAUCUCUGCCAAGAAUUUGUCCUUUUACAAUGUCCACCAGAAAAAUGCUUUGCACACUUUCACCUUUGGUAGUAGCCACAGCCAGGAAGUGAAGCUCUUUCCUUUUUUCUCGACAGGUCCCACUGCAACAAAGGCUGACACUGAGCCUCUACAAAUUGCACAGGGGUUUGAUGAUGAUGAGAAGUGA